UUUGUGCUUUCCUACAACAGAAACCUACAGCACAUAGGAUUUAUAAAUGUUAUGGGUUACCAUCAUCGUCCCUGCGAAAUUCUAAUAUAGUUUCCGCUAUAGUUUGCGUUGGCGUAUGAAUAGUUUAUAACUCCGUGCGAGAAACUACUUUAAAGAAAUUUGAUCAUGGACUUACUGCCGAAAGUCAGCUCUGACUUUAGUACGUCUGGCUAUUGGGAGACUUUCUUCAGUAAAAGGCUACAAGCGUUCGAGUGGUAUGGAAACUAUUUAGAACUUUGUGGGUUACUACAUCGCUAUAUAAAACCGAAAGAUGAUAUUCUAGUAAUAGGCUGCGGAAAUUCGAUUCUCAGUGAACAAAUGUACAACGCGGGAUUUAACAAGAUUAUGAACAUCGACAUCAGUCAAACUGUCAUUAAACAGAUGAGGUUAAAGAACAAAGAUAAAACGGAAAUGGAUUGGAAAGUUAUGGACGUUACAAACAUGGAUUUCGAGAACGGGCAAUACUCCGUGGUUCUUGACAAAGGAACAUUGGAUGCAAUGAUGAGUGAUGAUGCAGGGGAAGAAACGACAGUCGAGAAAAUGUUUGACGAGAUAGAUCGCGUUUUACGCACUGGAGGGCGAUACAUAUGUUUCUCGCUCGCUCAAGAUCAUAUUGUUCGAAAAGUUGUUCGUUAUUUUUCAGAUCAUCAAUAUCUUGUGCGUAUACAUAAAGUGUCAACUGUGCCAAACCAGGAAUCAACUGGAGUUCAAAUGCCGGUUUUCUCGUUCAUUUUUACCAAGUUUGUAAAACUUCCUUCUAAGAUUUUUGAAGUUUGUUUCGAAGAUUCUGUGAAACCAACAAGAAUUCAAUCAGAAGAUGAAAUAAUAGAAUUAACGAAAUCGCAACAAUAUUAUGCAAUGUUAAAAAAUCAACUUUCCUCUGAAACGACAACUAAUGCGCCGCCGAUUGAAUUGUUUAGCAGCGAGGAUGUUGUUAAUGUGAGAUACACUAUGCAUGUGGUUGACCUAAAAGAUUAUAAACCAAAACACAAGUUUGGGAUAUUCAUUAUUCCACAAGGAAGAGAAUGUGAAUGGUUAUAUGGUUCUAGUGAAGGAAGAAGGCAAGUAGCAGAGAGCGCUCGCUUCAUGAGAUUAGUGUUUGUUGCUUUGAAUCGUGAACACACAUAUGGUGGUAUGCAAGCCAUUCAAGAUGAGUUAUCAACAAAAGUUCUCGAAUUGUCGCCGAAUAAUAUACCUGAGAAUUACCAAGUCCCAUUUAUGACAGAUGGGGGAAAUGAUAUAGGUGAACGCACUGUACGACAUCGAUGUAAAAGUGAUUUGACAGGAGGGUUCGUAAUUGAGGACUAUAAAGGAGCAAAUGGGGUGUGGUAUCGGCAACUUGUGUUUGAGGAUCAUUUAACCAGCGUACAAAGUGUUGUACGCCUUAAAAUGCUUGAUAAAAAGAAAAAAAGACGUCAGCGUGGAGCAGCGACAGAUAAUAUGAAGUUAGUUCCAGAUGGGUCGUAUCUUGCAUCAAAUUAUUCACAGCUGAUGGUUUCUGGGCUGGCGAGUAUAAUUCAAAAUCCAUCCGAUAAAUUUCGCAUUCUGGUUAUAGGUCUCGGUGGUGGUACAAUGAGUUUAUUUAUGUUGCAUUGUUUUAAGCAGUGUAAUAUAACUGCUGUUGAGCUGGAUGCUUCUGUCGCUGCUGUAGCGAAGCAAUGGUUUGGUCUAUCCAACGAUACAUAUGAAUCUCGUAUAAAUAUUACUGUUGAGGACGGAAUACAGUAUGUGGAAAAAUUGGCGAACUUGAACAAAACAUCUGAAAGUAGUUUGCUGUUUGACGUUAUUGUGCUUGAUGCCGAUUCUAAGGAUACUACAUCGAGUAUAAGAUGCCCUCCUAUAAACUUUAUGAAUGAAGAAUUUCUAUCUAACUUGAAAUAUAUUAUGAAAAACAAAAGCGGAUUUUUCUUGAAUCUUCUGUGUCGUGACAGUCACGCAAAAACGGAAGUUAUUAAAAAAUUGAAGAAUUAUUUUCCUCAAAUUUACAAGGCCAGUUGUGAAGAAGACGUGAAUGAGGUUCUGAUGUGUUUUAAUACAAACGACGGUUGUAUGAAGGAAAAGUUGAAAGUCUGGUUAGCCAAAGCUGCCACAUGGGAAAAACAACUUGAAUCAAAUUUUCAAGAUUUUCAAAUUACUGAUUUACUGAAAUCAUUUGCUGUUGCGUAAAACUUUUGUUGUAAAUUUUUUUUAUACUUCAAAAUUCGCGUAACAUAACAUAAGUUACAACAUAUUUUUAUUUCUUUCUUUAAAAAUGAUAGUAGAAAUCAUAUUAUUGAAACAAGAAGUAUCACGGCAUGAUGCAUAACAACUUGCAUAAACAAUUGAACUAAAACACCAGUCUGCGUUAUUUUAAUACAACUAAUUUUAAUUGUAUUUCUAUUUACGUAGA